AUGGCUCGCCCAAUUGAAGUUGUGAAGGAUAUUAAUGAGUCAAAUGAUUUAUGGAAGAUUGUUGUUAGGUUCAAGCAUUUGUGGACUGUGACGAGUGCAUCAAAAAAGGAACACAUUGAGAUGAUUUUGGUUGAUUCUGAGUUAGAUACGAUUCAAGUCAUUGUGCCACCCUUCUUGGUUUCAAAAUUUAAGGAGCAACUCGCGGUUGGAUGUUCAUAUAAGGCUGAACUUCUUGAUAUUCCUAUGAAUUACCUGAACAUUCUUCAUUUGGAUGCCAUUGUUGAAGGCAAAUUCCAGUCUAAUAUUUUGGUUGAUAUUCUUGGAGGAGUGACCGAGAUUUCUCAAACUCAAAUCAAUGCUGAUAACAAAAAGAGCAAGGUUGUGUUUUCAAUUACUGAUAAUAGCAGAUCUGAAGUUCAAUGUACUCUUUGGGAGGCUCAAGGAGGGUUUCCUUUGAACAUCUCCAACGCUUGGAAUGACACAAAGUUGCUAAUUAAUGAUGUGACCCUUGAUGUAGUUAUCAAGCUCAGAGACAGUCUGCAGUCUGAAUUUCCAUUACUGUCUUCAUCAAGUCUUCAAGUGGACACAACACAAAACUCAUACUAUUCUGAUGUCGAUAAGUUUGUUUGGAAGACAGAAAUUCUAAGUCUUGCUGAAAUAACAACUCUACAACAUGAGACUACAUGUGUUACUGUUGCGACUUUGGAAAAAUUUGAGGCUGGACAGUCAGGCUGGUAUUAUGAUGGAUGUGUUGGUUGCACAAAAAGUGUGUCACUGCAGGAUGGAAAGCUGGUAUGUUAUUCCAAACACAUUAGCCCAGCGCCCAUACCAAGAUAUAAACUUGAAGUCUUGGCUGCUGACGGUAAAUACAAGGCCAAAUUCAUUUUUUGGAACGAAGAUUGCGUCAAGUUGAUUGGGAAGUCCGUUCUUCAAAUGAAAAAUGAAUUGAUAGAGGCCGAUGAAGAUGAUCCUCUUGAAUUCCCUUAUGCACUUGAUGCAAUUCUAAAGCAGGAAUUGGCUAUUAGGGCAGUUUUUCAGCCUAACAAAGGCAGACUUUCCGUCAUUAGUUUCAAAAUUGAUGAAGAUUUCCGUAAGAGAGUCAGAGGGAGUUUCAACUCGGAAGAGCCUACUUCAAAGCUUCUACCAACUGAGCCUUCAUCCCAAGAUGAAUCAAUAUCCUUUACUGAACCUUUAUCUGCUGGUGCCGAUUAUGGCCCUGCUGUUGGAAAUUCAACUCUGACUCCAUCAAAAAGAACUUUACCUGAUGCUAUUGAAGAUAUUGAGAGUGUCCAACUUUCCGUAACCAAGUCAAUUAAGGAUAUAAAGAAGGAGAAGUAG